AUGGAAAGCGGGGAGUUAAAUUGUGAGUCUAGCGACUUGCGCAUUAGUUAUAUGAUUAAUGCUUUGCCCACUAGGGGAAAAACCCAUCUUUCGUUCAUAACGAAUGAUAGGCAGGUGGUAUUAUACAUGCUUGAUGUUGCUGCUGAUGGUCCUAGGCCUGUUUUAAGAAUAAAUGUUGUUGAGAGGUCUCAAGUUGGUUCUACAUCAGUAGCACCACCCCUACCCACAGACGCACCACUGCCACAGUCGGCAGCCGAUGAAACUUCAAAACCACAUGAGGGUAUGGGCGAUCAUUUUAUGGAUAUGGAUGAUCCUAAUAUUGAUGACGAAGAGUGUGAUGGAAAUGAUGGGGGAGAUGGGCAGCCACCAAGUGGUUCACAAAGCAACCACAAUUUCAAUGAUGGAAUCGGUUUUUACUGUGGGCAAUUGAGAACAAAGAGUUUCGGAAUUUGCAUUAGUCUUGAUGAUGCGGAUAGGUUCAAAUAUUACUUCGUAGCUUACAAAGCUUGCAUUCAAGGAUAUAAACACAUUCAAAAGGUUAUUACCAUUGACGGUACACAUUUAUACGGCAAGUAUGAGGGUGUAUUGUUGUCCGCUGUCGCACUGGUUACUGAGAACCAUAUCUAUCCAAUUGCUUUUUGCGUGGCGGACAAGGAGUGUGAUGAAUCCUGGAUCUACUUCUUCGAGCAACUGAGCUAUCUAAUUGCCGAUGAACCAUACUUGUGCAUCAUCUCUGAUAGGCACAAGAGCAUAGCCAACGGUGUUUCCAGAAUUUUUGAGCAUGCUCAUCAUGGACUAUGCAUGAAGCAUCUUGGUGAUAGCCUUCGAAAAAAAAUUCAACGUGGAGAUUCUCUUCAUGUGUAUUAUGAUACAGCAAAGGCAUAUGGUUACCAAGAGUUCAAUGAACAUUUUCAACAAUUAAGGGAUAAAUGCCCCCAAGCUGCUAAUUGCCUCGAGUUUGAUAUUGGAUUUGAAAAGUGGAGCAAGGCAUAUUUUCCAGCAAAUAGGUACGAUAUGCUGACCAUAAACAUUGUUGAGUCGCUAAACUCAAUAUUGAGGGAUGAAGGAGAGUACCCAGUGACUGCCUUAGUCACUUCCAUUUCUAGGAGGUUUGCUGAAAUCUUCAGGCAGAGACGUGCAGAUAUCAGCAGUUUAAUCAAUUUAUUUGUGCCUUCGGCUGAAAAGACGCUAAGGGAAAAGAUGAAUGAGGGUGAUUCCUUGUUUGUUAAUAAUAUAAACGGGGAUGCCAACGAGUUCACCGUAGUCUGCAAUGGCCUAACUGCCAAAGUCAAUCUAUUGAACAAAACAUGUACUUGUAGAGAGUGCGACUUGGUGAAAUUACCGUGCGCUCACGUGAUAAUAGCCUUGAGAUUGAAGUAUGGACCUCAUUAUGAUUCAAGUAUCUAUGAGUAUUCCUCUCCCAUGUAUAAAGUUCAGUCUUACAUUCUUGCAUUGGUGAAACUAUUAAUGUAG